AUGCAACGCCUGUUUGGAUUGUCGCAAAACAAGCCCAAACCUGAUCUGCAGAAGGCGAUAUCGUCCACAGAUGAACGUGCUGAUGCAACGCAGGUGAAAAUUAGUCGGCUUGAUGCGGAACUGGGACGUUAUCGUGACCAAAUGAAAAAAAUGCGCGACGGUCCAGGCAAAAAUGCAGUGCAACAACGCGCGCUCCGUGUUUUGCGCCAAAAGCGCAUGUAUGAAGCUCAGAUGGAGCAAUUGACACAGCAAAGUUUCAAUAUGGAGCAAAGUAUGAUGGCAACAGAAAAUCUACGAAACACCAUGGCCACCGUGGAUGCUAUGAAGCAGGCCAACAAGGAUCUGCGACGCACUUAUGGCAACUUGAACAUUGACAAGAUCGAGCGGAUCCAGGACGAAAUGGAAGAUCUUUUGGAACAGUCAAGUGCGCUACAGGAAACAUUGUCUCGCAGUUAUGCGCUGCCAGAUGAUAUUGAUGAAGAAGACUUGGAGGCGGAAUUGGAGGCAUUAGAGGAAGAGCCCUUGGAGCAGGACAUGGAAAUCCCAUCCUAUCUGCAAAAUGCGCCCCAGGCAGCUCCUGCUCAACCCGACUUUGUGGACGAGUUACCUGAUAAAGAAGAAGUAUGUGUAUCGUCAUAUUAA